CAACACAAAGAUGAACCCGAAGCUUAUUUUCUGCUGUGGAUUUCUGCUGCUGCUUCUCAGCCAGGACCAAACGAGGGCCAAACCCUUCUCCAGUUUACAGAGCCUGUCCAGAUUGUUAGAUGAAGAUCUGGAGCAUCCCCUGGCCUCAGAGGAGACGGACCAAGAGCGAGAAGACAUGAUCCCAACUGGUGCCUUUGACCAACAGGACUCUGAGCUCCAAUGGGCCCGAAACUCCAAGGACCAGCCCGAGGGGGUCCCCAUCAGCGACAGUACUUUCCAGAGGCUCUUCAGCGAUCUUCUGGGUUCAUCCAGGAGAUACCGAGGCAGGAGCAAAAAGGGCUUGUCCAGGGGGUGUUUUGGUGUCAAGCUGGACAGAAUUGGCUCCCUGAGCAGACUGGGAUGCUAACUGUUCGCUAUGGACUAAGACUUUCAGGACCUAGAGGACCCGUUACCUUUCAAUGAGAUGUUCAGCUCAAACUGCUCCAGCUCCACCAACUCCCCUGUAGACAUUGUACUGAAUGAGUUCGUUCCAGGCCAUCUAUACGUGACCACUAAGAAACUGGCCAUUGCUCCAUAGUUUGUAUCACAGUAUUAAUGUAUCAAAGCCAUUAUCAGUUCCAUUCAUUUGUCUCGGUUACAUGCCAUGUGUAUGAAACAGUCCUCAUUGUGUCAUGGAUGCUGAAAAUCCACUGGUUUUCAUCAUUUGGUGAACGUGUUUCUCACUUCCACUCUGAUUUUCUUCCUAGUUCAUCAUUCCUGAGGACAAAGCGUUGCCCUGAUUUACAUUUGGUCAAAUAAAUAUGAACUAUUCAAA